GCUAGCUAAGUGCAUUAAUGCUUGUGCAUUAAGUCAAAUUAUAACACUUGGCACGAAAAAACCCAUCUCAUCCCCCACUAAAGCAGCCUUCUUUUGGCUUUCAUUAAUCUCUCUGCACACAAAAACCCAAAAAGCUGGAUGUCUCCAUUUUCAAUGAACAAUUAUGAGUUCUUUUUUUAAAAACUCAUUAUACUUUGAAGAUUAAUCACAAAGAUUUCGAAGCUAAUUCGUCAUUUCUUGUUACUAUAAUCUUUUCAUUGUUAUUAAUCACUUUGGCUUAAGUUUCUGUAUAUUACGUCGAGCUUCUUCAGUCUUCAUCCUUGUCUUGUCACUUGUCAGAGACAGAAGAUUAAAGAAGAAGAGGCGUUUCUCUCUCUUUUUUUGCUUCAGAAAAAAUGGGGUUUUUCUUGUGUUCCUCUUCUUCAAUCUUCUUCAAGUUCGGAAUCUCUAUAAUCUUUCUAGUUUCUUUCUCUGGUUUAACUCCUUCAGAAGCUUAUGAUCCUUUGGACCCGAGUGGGAACAUUACUGUCAAAUGGGAUAUCAUAACCUGGACUGGAGAUGGCUAUGUGGCGACUGUAACGGUAUAUAAUUUUCAGCAAUAUCGACACAUUCAAGCUCCAGGUUGGACUCUUGGAUGGUCAUGGGCAAAGAGAGAGGUUAUAUGGGGAAUGAAUGGAGGACAAACCACAGAACAAGGAGAUUGUUCUAAAUUCAAAGGAACCAUUCCUCAUUGCUGUAAAAAGACACCUUCUGUUGUUGAUCUCUUACCUGGAUCUCCUUACAAUCAGCAGAUUGCUAAUUGUUGCAGAGGGGGUGUGCUUAACUCGUGGGCUCAAGAUCCCGCAACUGCUGUUUCCGCUUUCCAGCUUACUGUUGGACAAGCUGGAACCACAAAUAAGACAGUUAGGGUACCUAAGAAUUUCACUCUCAAAGCUCCUGGACCGGGAUAUACUUGUAGCCCCGCGAAGAUUGUAAAACCGACUAGAUUCAUCGGUACUGAUAAACGAAGAGUUACUCAAGCAUUAAUGACUUGGAAUGUAACUUGCACAUACUCGCAGUUCUUAGCUCAGAAAACACCAACUUGCUGUGUAUCUCUUUCAUCGUUUUAUAACAAGACAAUAGUUUCUUGUCCAACAUGCUCUUGUGGAUGCAGAAACACUUCUCAGCCAGGGAAUUGUGUAGACCCAAAAGGUCCACGGAUAGCAUCAGUCAUUCCAAAUCCGGGGAAGAACGCAUAUAUACCGCCUCUGGUCCAAUGUACAAAGCAUAUGUGUCCAGUUAGAAUCCACUGGCAUGUGAAAGUCAACUACAAACAGUACUGGAGAGUUAAAGUCACCAUCACAAAUUUCAACUACAACAUGAACUAUUCACAGUGGAAUCUCGUCGUGCAGCAUCCGAAUUUCGACAAUCUAACUCAGACUUUUAGCUUCAACUAUAAACCUCUGACUCCUUAUGCUUCCAUAAAUGAUACUGGGAUUCUCUGGGGAAUAAAGUUCUACAAUGAUCUGUUGAUGCAAGCUGGGCCAUUUGGUAAUGUACAAUCUGAGCUACUUUUCCAGAAAGAAGCAUCAGCUUUCACAUUUGAGAAAGGUUGGGCGUUUCCAAGAAGAAUCUAUUUCAAUGGAGAUAACUGUGUGAUGCCUCCUCCUGAUUCUUACCCUUGGCUGCCCAAUACCGGCUCGCACAAAUCAGUCGGUUCCCUGUUUGCAGCAAUGGCCUUGUUACUGAUUGUGUUCCUACAUGGAAACUUGUAAGAAUCAUCAAGUGUAGAAUUCUUCUGCUGCAGUUUUUCGAACUGAUAUAACCCAUCAAGAGAGAGUUGGUAGCUUAGUUUUUUGUGUUCUCUCUUGUCUGUCCUCUUCCUGUACAACGCUUUAAUAUUAGAUGGUUAACUAGAUCCCCUUGAAAAUGGC